AUGGCCGCUGAGUCGUUCCCCACGCCCAAGUUCAUCACCGGAGGAUGUCUCUGCAACAGCCUCCGCUACCGUGUUGACUUCCCAGAGGGUCAUGAUUUCAAAGCCUCGUCCGGCACUUGCCAGUGCACACAAUGCCGCAAGCAAUCCGGCUCACUCUUCUUCAUCUGGCACACCGUCAAGCCAGGGGCCAACUUCAAGUUCACCUCCUCCACGGACACGCUGAAGAACUACCGGGCCAGUGAGAAGGCGGAUCGCGCUAUCUGUGGCAACUGCGGCUCGUGGAUUUACUGGAAACCGACUGCCGAAGACCAUAUCUCUUUUACCAUUGGGUCGGUUGACGCCCUGUACUUGUUCGGAGAGGGGGCUGAUGGUGUUGAGGUGCCCAAGGAGGGGUUUGGAUAUGCGUUGAGUAACGCUCGGGGCGGGAACUACGCCAAAGAGAAUGAGAUCAAGGGGGUGACUGAUUGUCUGGAGCUGCUGAAGUAG